AAACAUUCUUUGGAGUCGGGCCAUAUGCAGAAUACUUUCUAAUCUUAAGGUCAUGAAUGAGUAGCAAUAACUGAACAGUUGUGUUACUGCUGUGUUUGAUUGCCAUUAAAACUAUUUAACCACAAGAGAUAUAUAGUUUUAUUAUAACACUAAAACGAUUCAUUGCACGAAAGUCACAGAAAGCUGCUGUAUUGUUGACAAAUACCGACAUCUAUGAUCCAUUUUGUAAAGACAAAAUGGCGGAAAAAUCUGCCACCCAAACACAGGCGCAAGUGAAAAUCGGACACUACAUUCUAGGUGAAACACUUGGAGUUGGUACAUUUGGAAAAGUGAAAAUUGCUACACAUCAGCUGACGGGACAUAAGGUUGCAGUGAAGAUUCUCAAUCGACAAAAGAUCAAAAGCCUUGAUGUAGUUGGUAAAAUUCGACGAGAAAUUCAGAAUCUCAAGUUGUUUCGUCACCCACAUAUAAUAAAAUUAUACCAAGUGAUCAGCACACCAACAGACAUAUUCAUGGUGAUGGAAUAUGUAUCAGGGGGAGAGCUCUUUGACUACAUUGUCAAGCAUGGCAGGUUGGUGAGUGAUGGCUCACGCACUUUCCACUUUCAGCUGAGUGAGCCAGAAGCUCGCAAGUUCUUCCAGCAGAUCAUCUCAGGGGUAGACUACUGCCAUCGACAUAUGGUUGUGCACCGAGACCUUAAGCCAGAAAACCUCCUUCUGGACAACCAGUGUGGUGUCAAGAUUGCUGACUUUGGUCUGUCCAAUAUGAUGCACGAUGGUGAAUUUUUGAGGACAAGUUGUGGGUCACCAAAUUAUGCAGCUCCGGAGGUGAUUAGUGGCAAACUUUAUGCAGGCCCUGAGGUUGACAUCUGGAGCUGUGGGGUCAUUUUGUACGCUCUUCUUUGUGGCACACUCCCAUUUGAUGAUGAACAUGUUCCAACUCUUUUUAGGAAAAUCAAAUCUGGGAUAUUUGCCAUUCCUGAUUACUUGAAGAAAGAGGUUGUGAGUUUAUUAUGCCACAUGCUUCAAGUUGAUCCUCUCAAAAGAGCAACCAUCAAAGACAUAAGAGACCAUGACUGGUUUAAGAAAGACUUGCCUGCUUACCUGUUCCCCUCCCCUCAUGAUCAGGAUGCAUCUAUAGUUGAUUUAGAAGUUGUUUAUGAGAUCUGUGAGAAAUUCAAAGUUGAGGAGCGUGAAGUACACAUGGCCUUACUUAGUGGAGAUCCUCAUGACCAGCUGAACAUCGCUUAUCACCUCAUCAUUGACAACAAACGCUUAGCUAAUGAGACUCCGGAGUACAGAGACUUUUACCUUGCAUCCAGCCCUCCCCCUGAGUCCUUCAUGACUAUGAGUCCACUUCGUCCCCACCCAGAAAGGAUGCCAGAGAUGAAAGAUGUGUCUCACACCUUGGAUCCCAUUAAUUCUGGAAACCCACGGCCUCUGACAACACCUGCCAAAAAGGCCAAGUGGCAUUUGGGUAUUCGCUCUCAAAGCAAGCCACAGGAUAUUAUGCAUGAGGUUUUUCGAGCCAUGAAGACCUUGAACUAUGAGUGGAAAAUACUCAACCCUUACCAUGUGAGAGUUCGUCGGAAAAAUCCAGUGACUGGAAAAUUUAGUAAGAUGAAUCUGCAAUUGUACCAGGUAGAUCAGAAAUCUUAUCUCCUUGACUUCAAAAGUUUGACGGGCUUACCUGAACCUGGAGAGGAAGAGUCAGAAGACCCACGGCCACCUAUCUCUCGAUCUGAUCAUUCCAUGGACGAAAAAAUGGAUACAGAUGAAGAUGCCCCCAUGCCGCACUGUACUCUUGAGUUUUUUGAAAUGUGUGCGAACUUGAUUACAGCACUGGCCCGUUGAAAGGUCACCAGGCAGUCUGCUGUCAACAAAGCAUUCUCAUGCUGUUAGUCUCUUUUGGUGAGGAGAGGUGUGUAUGUCCCUGUGCAUCCUAAUGGACUCUAACCUUGUUUGUCUUUCAUUCUACAUUAGAAGUAGCAAGCUAGCCAAGGUCAACCACCUGGUAACAUUACAAUUUCUGGAAAUUUGAAAUUUUUACUAUUGCUCUUCAGCCGCAAGAAAGAAAGCUCAUGCAUUGCCAUUACGCAUUCUGAACAAGGAGGACAACUGAAAUGAAGAACUGCUUCUUCACAGCUGCUUUUUUUUUUUUGCCAGUCUGCCAAGGAAACUAUCAUUAUCUGAUGUUGCAUUUUUAUAUUUUAUGCUUCUCAAUAUUUUUUGGAACUUAAUAUGUUGUUAGAGAGGCAUUCAUUUCAUUUUCUACCUCUGCCAUAGUGUAUGCAGUGAUGCUGUUUGUAAACAUGAUGCUGUAGUCUUGUUUCAGCCAAAAUCAAGCUUGUGAUUUAUGCAUGUUUAAACUAAAUGAAAUAAUAUGUUUUAUGAUUUGUGGGAAAAAACUCCAAGAAAUGAAUUGCAACUUUCAGCCAUACCAUGCUUGAUCUGGAGGUUCUGAAAAGUCUUCUCUAUGCUACCAUUAGGUAGGAGGGACCUACAGUUUUUGUUGCCUGUAACCUCAAGCAAUUUCCAGCUGCACAUCCACAUUGGAGUUAAGCUGGCUGGGUGGAGUGGGGAAGAAUUAGUGAAUUUAGUGAAUUUAAAAUAGUGUUAUAAUCAGUUGCCAUUGAGAAAGACAAAAGAUCCAGUUCAUUGUGAGGUGGGAGGGAAAAUUAGUCAUCUGUCUAUAGAAGCAACUAGUCCUCACAAUGAUCCUCUACAAUUUACCCAUCGCACAAUGCUGCUCGGGCUCAUCACUUCACCCUCUGGCACAUGGAGUCUUCAGAUACUUAUACAUGUACUAGGGUUUUGUUCAUUUACUUUAAGCUCUUCUUUUAACGCUGCUGUAUAUCACAAGCUCUUUUAAAAUUAUUAUUCAUUAAGAUAUUGCCUUGCAAGUCUUUGUUUUUUCUUGUUAAGUCAUCCACAAACCAUUAGAAUAAAAAAGUCAGCUGCAGUACAUACUGUCCGCUUUUAUUCUAACUUUUGACUAAUGGCAGUGUUUGAUACAAAUCAUCCUAGUAAUGUCCUCAAAGGUUUUCUUUUGAUUAGACUUCCAUUGAGGGUCUCAUUUUAAAAUUUCUGAUUGUCUUAUGCUGAUAUAUAAGAAAAGCUAACCUUGUAAUCAAUAUAAAUAAACAUAAGAGAUACCUAAUUCACAUCAGAUAAGUGUGUGUCUAGUUUUUCUAGUCUUUUAGUCAUAAUGCUGAAUAGACUGAGCAGGUCACUUUGGGGGAGUUUGUAGCCGAGUGGGUUAGAGUACUGGAGUCUCAAUCCCAGAGGUGUAUUGGUUUGAUACCCAUGUGGCACAGCAAACUAUCCGUCAGUUUCACUUGCAGAGAAUAGGUUACCAGAUAAAACAGUAUUGGGAAAAGCAGCCCCCUAAAAAAUCUCUAACACCUUACCCCCACCACCAUAGGACUUCAACAAUAUCAAGGGAUGAUCUUUACCUUCAUUCAAACUUUUAGGAAACCAUACCAUUUCUCAGAAGAACAUUAAAUCCACAAUAAAAAAUGCCACCACUUGUUCUUAAGACAUUUCAAGAGUUGAAAACUUCACUAUGCUGAAGCAGUUAUUUCAUGCAGUUGUGGAAAGUAUUCUAAGCUUUUGUGUCACAGUCUAGUUGUCUAUACUAAUUAAAAAGUAGAAGAUGAGAUAAAGGAAAUUGUCAAACCUGCCAUCUCCCUCAUGGCCCUGACUUGUUUAGUCUGGAAAUCUGUCCUGGUUACAUCCAUUUUCGCCAACCAACCAUUUGAGGUUCUGCUCUAAGUCAGACAUUUUAGAACUUUGAAAACUAGAACUUGCUGUGACAGUUAUUCCAUGCAAACAGCGUAGCCUUUGAUAGGUGUUAUUCGCUCGUAUUUAAUGUCUGCAUGUCUGCUGUCUUGUAAUGUGACAUCACAAAUAAUCCGAUGCAUGUGCAUAAAAUAAACUUAUUUCCAGGGUACUACUUGCUUUCAAAAGGUAGCAGAGCAGAACCAAAAUAUUUGGACGUUAAAAAAAAUGACUACCAUCUCAAAUUGAUAUAUCUAAAAAGCUCCGUAUGUGCUAGUAGUUGAAAAGCUGAACACAAUGGUCUGAGGCAUUAUGGUCUUACUGUUGAGUUGAAAAUUGAUUUGCUUAGUUUCAUUACAAUUCUGAUGCAGGCUUUUAAUCGUUUCAUAUUCUUGCUAACUGCAAUGAUUUGGAAGAGGUUUUUUUUUCUGAAAGGCACUGAUGUGUAGUCAGCCAGAUGGCCAGUGUCCAUGUAGGAGCUGCAUAAUUUUUAAAAUAUGACAACUAGUACUGUACUGCCAUUGUCACAAAAAUUGUGUUUGGCGCUUAUUGUUGGGUUCUGUCAUCUACAUUACAAAUGGGAAAGUAUACUGUUACAGAUGUUCCCAAAUCCCAUAUUGAUAUCCAUUAAUUUUAAGUUGCCCAUCAGUUACCAUGAUUUAAUGAAAUUGUAAUCAUGGAGUUGAAAAUGUGCAAAAAACAUCUGAAUGAGAGAACCUGUAGGCAAGAUGAAGGUUUAGCUUGAUCUUGAUUUUGCCAUAUUAGAUAUGAACCUGAUAGUAUUAAGUGCUUGGAGGCUUUUGAGAGAAAUCACAGGCUUCAUUUGUCUUUAAUGCUGACAGGAAAUGAUUAAACUGUGAUCAAUGGUGCUUUUUCUUCACUGAUUAGCCAGCUGAAAAUGUUCAUCAGGACAUCUCAGCUUGAGCAGCAAUGUCAGUAUUGAUUAUAUAUAUAUCAUAAACUGAGAGCUUAUUGUAAGCAGGUGUGUUGUGUAGAGUGGAACAAAAAAGCGAUUCCUUGUAGAAACAUGUACCAGAAGGGUCUAGAAUGCAGAGUGAAUAUAGUUUUUAGGUUGAACCUUAGUGUUGUGUUUCACAGCAGAUUGUUUGGUUAUGUGCUUUUUUUUGUUGUUGUUCAGCUUUUGUCCUCAGCAAGGCUGCUGCUUGUAACUAUCUUAGUUUGUCAGAGACACAUUUAUACAAAAUGAACACAGGUUUGUACACAAUUUUGUAAUCAGAUAUUUAAUGCAUGCAAGAGAUGAUUUCAUCACAGCAAAUUUUUUACUUGGAUCCAGUGGGGAAAGGGACUUUUCAUAGCAGUAGAUUGUAUUCUUUAUUCACGAGUUCAGUACUGGCCAAGUGAAUUUGCCUAACAUUUUUCAUUGUCCCAGUAGUGUCAUCAUCUUAUGAUGUAAAUGUGGAUCUACUGUUCUGAUUUUACAAUCCUUGUAAUGUUUUGUGCUUCUCCCAGUUUUGUACAAAAUGUUUCCCAGUCUUGACUUUUGAAAUGGAUUUUGUUUGAAAGUUUAAACCGAAUGAAGGAAAAAGACUGUAUUUUGAUCUGUGUAAUUUUAAAGAGAGGCAGUUUUAAUGCAAUUGUAGAUUUGCAUAUAUUCUAUAAUGAUAAAAUAUUAACAAAUUCA